GUUUUGCGACGAAUUGUCACUCGAAUGGUGCGUGAAGAACGCGCUGAAUUUCCCUGGAACAGAGCUGUGGAAGCAAGACCUUAUUUGGAAAGGUUGAUUCAACUUGGUGUUGAGCGAGGAGAAAAUGAUGAAUACACAACGAAAAUGAUGGAAUGGUGGUUGCCGGAAGCUGACCUCAUCACCAAGAUGCACAAAGUGAGGCCUCGUUCUUUGUCUAUGUUUUUGCUUAUGUUUGCUCCUUAGCU